UAUCCAUCACCCCCCUCACUCCAACAAAGCUACAUCCAAAGAACCCUAAUUUCUCUCCUCUCUUCACAUUCCAUUCUCCUAUCUCAUGCUCUGUUUUCUGCAGAAGCAGAGCAUGAAGUCUCUCACAGCUUUCAUCUCCCUCCUCCUCCUCUCCAUCAUUUCUCGUUCAGAUGCCGGCUCCAUCGGCGUAAACUACGGCAGAAUUGCCGACGACCUCCCAUCGGCGACGAAGGUGGUGCAGCUUCUUAAGUCUCAGGGAAUCGACAGAGUCAAGAUCUACGACAGUGACCCGGCAGUUCUCAAGGCAUUGUCUGGAUCCGGCAUCCGAGUUACCGUCGAUCUCCCCAACGAGCUCCUCUUCUCCGCCGCCAAACGUCCUUCCUUCGCCGCGUCGUGGGUCCAACGCAAUGUCGUCGCCUACCACCCAGAGACCCAGAUCGAAGCCAUCGCUGUCGGAAAUGAGGUCUUCGUGGACCCACACAACACCACCAAGUUCCUCAUCCCCGCCAUGAGAAACGUCCACAAAGCUCUCGUCAAGAACAACCUCCACUCCGCCAUUAAAGUCUCCUCACCCAUCGCCCUCUCCGCGCUCCAAAACUCGUACCCUUCCUCCGCCGGAUCGUUCCGACCGGAUCUCGUCGAGCCCGUAAUCAAACCCAUGUUGGAUUUCCUCCGCGAAACCGGUUCCUCCCUCAUGAUCAAUGUCUACCCGUUCUUCGCCUACGAAGGAAACUCCGACGUCAUCCCCUUGGACUACGCCUUGUUCAGAGAAAACCCAGGUGUCGUAGACGCCGGAAACGGUCUCCGGUACUUCAAUCUCUUCGACGCACAAAUUGACGCUGUCUUCGCCGCAAUGUCAAGGUUGAAGUACGACGACAUCGAGAUCGUCGUGACGGAGACUGGUUGGCCGUCAAAAGGAGACGAGAACGAGGUCGGAGCUACCGUUGAGAACGCCCCCGCCUACAACGGCAACCUCGUACGGCGGAUACUGACCGGAGGCGGAACUCCUUUGCGUCGGAAAUCAGAUCUCACCGUCUAUCUCUUCGCGUUGUUCAACGAGAACAAGAAGACAGGACCCACCUCUGAGAGAAACUACGGUCUCUUUUACCCCGACGAGAGAAAAGUCUACGACGUGCCGUUGACGGCGGAGCAGCUUAAGCAUUACCAUGAUAACCCUUCUCCGGCCACUGGAGGUCGGCAAGUGACGUCACCGGUCGCCGGGGGAGUUUCCAAGAGCUUGACGGGGAACACAUGGUGCGUAGCUAAUGCAGACGCGGGGAAGGAUCGUCUACAGGCGGGUCUAGAUUACGCGUGCGGUGAGGGAGGAGCUGAUUGCCGUCCGAUCCAGCCAGGCGCCACGUGUUACAAUCCUGACACUCUCGAAGCGCACGCGUCGUUCGCUUUCAACAGUUACUACCAGAGGAAAGCACGAGCCGGUGGGAGCUGUUACUUCGGAGGCGCAGCUUAUAUCGUCACCCAACCACCCAAGUAUGGGCGAUGUGAGUUUCCGACGGGGUACGAAGAAGAGUUCGGAGGGUAAAACAACGACGAUGGCGAUCGAAUUAGGGCAUGAAGGGUUAGAUUCGUAAUCGUGUUGUUGUAUUUUGUAUGUUUUCAUUUUGUUUAUCCGUGGAGUAUCGGUUUUUAGUGAUGGGUUAAUGUUGCUAUUAAUUUUAUCUUGUUGACUAAUGUUAUCUUUUGUUAAUAUAAUGAAUGAUACAUCUUACUAUCU